GAACGAACCAAACUAGCCAUAUUUUACAAAUUUUCCGAACCCAAAAAUAUGGCCACUUUGAACACAAGUUAUCAUCAUCAUCAUCCUCGUACUCCUACCAUUCAUCACACCUGCAACAACAAUGGUUUGUCUCAUUUCAAUUUCAAUCUGAAAUCAAGUUUUAUGCUCUUCAGAAAACCAUCGAGCUUUAAGCUUUGGAAUUGUUCUGCAACCACUCCAAUUGUACAAGCAGCAUCAGCAGCUCGAAGUGUGAAAGAGGUCUUUCCACCUGCACUUGAUUCCUUUUCAGACCCACCUGCAAUUUUCGAUGGAAUUCCCAAGCUGUAUAUAUCUUACUCAUGCCCGUAUGCACAGCGGGUGUGGAUUACCCGGAACUGCAAGGGACUGCAAGACACUAUAAAAUUGGUGCCCAUAGAUCUCAAGAACAGGCCUACUUGGUAUAAGGAAAAAGUGUAUCCUGAAAACAAGGUUCCAGCACUUGAGCAUAAUAAUGAAGUCAAAGGGGAAAGCCUUGACUUGAUUAAAUAUAUCGAUAGUAACUUUGAAGGGCCUCCGCUUUAUCCCAGUGAUCCAGACAGGAUAGCAUUUGCAGAGGAGUUAUUCUCGUUUACGGGCUCCUUCUACAAACGUGUAAUUACUUCUUUGAAGGAUAACAAAAUAGAUGGAGCUGGUGCUGCUUUUGAUGAAAUUGAGGUUGCUCUUUCCAAAUUCGAUGAUGGGCCUUUCUUUCUUGGCAAGUUCAGUCUGGUGGACAUAGCUUAUGUGCCUUUCAUCGAGAGAUUUCAAGCAUUCUUCUCAGAAGUGAAAAAUUAUGACAUCACGGGAGGCAGGCCGAAAUUCGCAGCAUGGGUUGAGGAGAUGAACAAGAAUGAAGCAUACAAACAGACUAAACGAGACCCAAAGGAGCACGUAGAGAGCUACACAAGGCGUUUCUUGUCUCCCCGGUGAAUUGAGUUUUUGCUGCAACUCACCUGAUGGCUGAAUUGUGGCAAGUGAAAACUGCCUUUGAUGGGGAAAGUUACAGUACAACAGAUUUGGAGGGUUGGCAAUACUGCAGAAUUGUUUUUCUCCUUUCCUGAGUGAGGAAGUGUUUUUUCAGAAGACUUUAAUUAUUCAUUAAAAUUUGGUCCUUCAGAUAAUUUUUGCUAAGACUCGAAUUUUGUAGAAAAAGUCCUGGUCGAGAGGACAACCAAACUACAGAUCAUGUUACUCAACAUUACACAAACAUGCCAAGAUCCAUUCUUGCGGAGGAUAGAUAACAGCGAAAAAUGCCAUGUAUACUUACCUCACUGUUAGUUUAGCAAACAGUUUCCACCAAUGAUAAGCAAUAGCAAAAAUGAUUAUCUACGCAAUGAGAUGAUGCCAAGAACAUAAACAUAUGUCAUUUUCAAUUACUGUCAAAUACACAAAACCAGUAUCCGACAAGACAGAUUAAAAACAGCAAACACAAUUUGCUUCCAGAAAUCAGAAUAUCUGCACCAAAUAUGAGAUUUUGGACUCGCAAAAAGAAACUACGGUAGCAUAGCGUUACCAAUCUAUACAUCAUAAAUCUUGUUCAAUCUAUUAUUCUUAUCUGUAGUUGUAUGUACGACUGACAAGAAAUUCUUAUGAUCCCCAAUUGGCACAGCUUUGUUUUCAAGAAAACUGUUUGACAGGUUUAAAAAAAAAAAAGAGCCUUUUUCCAGCUGUAGAUUAUCUGGAAUUGAAAUCGAGUGAAUGCGGUUGUGGAAUGUAGCAAAACUGUGGCACAAGAGUAGCGGGAGAGAAUCCUGAUGAUGCUGCAGAGGAAGAAGACAAUAUGGGGACUUUCAUGCCACCACCAUUGCUUCCCAUUUUCAUUGUCCAGUUUGUGAAUCCAGGCAACAAAGGGAUGCCUUCACCACUGGUUGCUCUUUCCUAUCAGUAUUUGGGGCUAAACCAGAAUAAAUGCCAGCAGUCCACAUGGGAGCACACUUGGUUGGCAUUGCAAUCUCUUGGGGUGAAGUCAAAGCAGUUUCGACCUAUCAAAUCUCUCUUUCCAUCAGGCAAUUCAUUUGAUGUAUAAGAGAAAUGCAAAUCCCUUGUUAUGUUAUUACCAUGUGGCCCAUCUGAAGAUAACGACAUCCCAAGGUUGAGAUCAAGAUUGUUGCCACGACCUGCAUCUUUGGAGCCAAGAAUUUCCCUUUCAUAGUUAUUAGGCUCAAGGUUAGUCACAGAUUCUCUUCCAUUACAUUUUAUGGCUGCUUGUUCGUAAGACCUUAAAUAGAAACAAGAACUCCUCGGUGAGAAUGAAUCAUAUUAAAUUAGCCUAGCGCAAGACCAAGUCUCUUAAGCAAUCUAAAUUCAUGAUUGCAAAAGGACCUUGCAGCUUCUGUCAAAUAACCCAAAAUAAAUAUACCUGCAAAUAAACGAAUUUUAAUUUCAUUUCAAAAUAGAGGCUUUCCUUUCCAAUCCAUUUAUAGUCUAAUUGUCCUAAAAUUGUACAUUAAUCACGAUCCAACAUACGAAUACGUUUCAGAACAACGCAUACAAUUAUUAGUCACCAAUAGAGUCAGUCAACAACAGCAACUAAUUGAUCUAAGAAUAUAAAAUAAUAAUAAUAUUAAUAUUAAUAUAAUAUAA